AUGGAUUUAACUACAUUGAAAGCUCAGAGAAAAGGACUGAGGGCGUCUUUUACCCUCAGUAUGAAAAAAAUUGAAGCUGAACUUUUGAAGGAAAUUACUGGUUCGGAUGAACUUUUAAUUUUAAGAAAUCAGAUUUCUGACAAAUUCAAGCGGCUAGAUGAUUGUCAGAGCAUAAUAUCUGAGCUGUUGUUGAAAGAUAAAAAUGCCGAGGAGGCUUAUUAUGAAGAUUGUGAAGAAGCAGAAAAUUAUCGGGACAACCAAUUCAAGAAAAUCCAUGAGGACAAGGGCAUUGAUAAUGAAGAUAAAAUGCAAUAUUUAAUUCAAUCGAUGGAACCUGGUUCGAAGGCAGAAAGAUUAGUGCUGAGUUUCCCUGCUACCGGAGAAAAUUAUAGUAAAGCAAUACAGCAGUUAAAGGAAAGAUUUGGCCGUGAUGAUCUGCUGGUGCAAGUAUAUGUUCGAGAUUUAUUGAGAUUAGUUAUGAAAAAUUCUGCCGCAGGACGGGGGAAAGCUGAUCUUCCAUCCCUCUAUGACGAAUUGGAAGGAAAACUUCGUGCGUUGGAAACUCUUGGACGGACCAAAGAGAAGUAUGGAGAUUUCUUGACACCUUUGGUUGAGAGCUGUCUGCCGGAAGAAGUUUUAGUAACGUGGGAAAGAAGCCGUAACCAUGAUCUAACCGAAGAUAAGAACUGUCGCACUUUAGAGCAGUUAAUGAACUUUCUUCGCCAAGAAGUUAAUGGAGAAGAAAUGGUUCGCCUCGCAAGAACUGGCUUCGGCACGAACUCAAAUUUGCGCAAACGAGAGCCCACAACUGAGAAGGAAAGCGACCUAGCGACAGCUGCAGCGUUAGUAAGUACUGAGAAAAAGGAGUUAAAAUGCAAUGGUUGUGGGGAACCGCAUUUUUGUGUAAUGUGUCCAAAGCUAGAAGACAAAAGUUGUGAGUCUAAAGAUGUAGUUUCUAAGUCUGAAAAUUCUCUCUCUAACUUUGAUAGAACUCAAACCGUAUUUUUGCAAACUCUGUGUGUUCGGAUUAAAUGUAAUAAUCGAGAAAAAAUAAUUCGGGCUUUGGCAGAUUCUGGUAGUCAAAGUAGUUAUGUAAGUCAGAAAGUUUUGUCUGAGCUGAAAGCAACUCCACUUCGUGAAGAAACAGUGAUUCACUCGUUAUUUGGGGGGAGGGAAACGAACCCAAAACGGCAUAAGAUAUUCACUGUUGAAGUGAGGGGUUUGAAAGGGUCUUUUGCUUGUAGUUUUGAAGCUCUUUCUGAAAGGAAAAUUUGUAGUUUUAUACCAAAAGUUAGCAAUCCUUAUAUUUUGAAUGAAUUAAAGAAAAAGAAUAUUGAAGUUUCUGAUUCCCUUUGUAAAAUGAAAGAAAUUGAUCUUUUAAUAGGGGCAGAUGUUUUAGGAAAAUUGCUGACGGGACGUUCAGUAGAUUUAGAAUCCGGCCUUACUGCCGUAGAAAUGAAGCUUGGGUGGACUGUUAUGGGUAAGCAGAACACAAAUGAGAAAGAUGAUGUUUUCAGAACAUUAUCGAUGCAUGCUAAAAAUAUUCCUUUGAAUGAAUUGGGGGAACUUGAAAGUAUAGGAAUAACAGAUCCCACUUGCAAUGUUAAUAAGAAAGCAUGCAUAGGAGAACAUUUAGCUGAAUUUGAGGAUAAAUUGAAAAUUCUUCCUUGUGGAAGAUAUGAAGUAGAGCUUCCUUGGAAGUAUGAUUUUUCGAACUUACCAGAUAAUAAGGAUUUAGCCUGGAAAGGGAACGAAAAAAUUAUUAAGUCAAAAUGUAGUAAUUUGCUUGAGAAUUACCAAAAUGUAUUCAAAGAAUGGGAAAACUUGAAUAUUAUUGAGCGCGUACCAGAUUCGGAAUUAGAGAAUAAGUGCCACUAUCUACCACAUAGGCCUGUUAUAAAAAUCGAUAGUAAGACCACAAAAGUUCGGCCUGUUUUUGAUGCUUCAGCAUCCCAGAGAGGUAAGCCUUCUUUGAAUGAAUGUUUGUUUAAAGGAAUGAACCUCAUUGAACUAAUACCUGAUAUUGAUAGAUUGAGGUUGCAUCCUAUAGGGUUGAGUGUAAGCAUUGAAAAGGCAUACAGCCUUCCUGAAUAUGAGAUUGCACAGAAGUUGGAAAGUUCUUUCUUUGUGGACAAUUGUGUAACAGGGGUUCAUAAUACCGAAGAAGAAGCGAAGUUCAUCGAACAAUCGCAACUUAUUAUGUCAAAGGGAUGUUUUAACUUGCGAGGGUUUGAAAGCAAUGUAGCUUCUGAAAAUGUUACGAAGCAUUCAGGGGAAGCGUCUAUUUUAGGAAUUUUAUGGAACUUGGAUAAUGACACUCUAAGGUGUAAUAUAAAUAUAGAAGCAUUGACUUGUGAAACAAAAAUUACAAAGCGUUUAAUUUUAUCUACAGUGCAAGAGAUUUUUGAUCCUAUCGGCUUAUUAAGCCCUACUACAUUGCUUCCUAAACUGAUACUGCAAGAUGCUUCGAAGUUAAAACAUUCCUGGGAUUUAGAACUACCCCCUGAUAUUGUAAAUAAAUUUUUGAAAUGUUUCAAGGAAAUUGCAUUGUCAAAUAACGUAACUUUGCCAUGCUACAUAAUAACCAAUUCUACAACAGAACUGUAUGUAUUUGUGGAUGCUUUUAAAGAAGCUUACGUGGCGUGCGUCUACGAUCGUUCAGUAGUGGAAAUUGAAGUUGAAAUAUAUCUCGUUAGGUCUAAAACUAGAGUAGAUCCACUAAAAUCACUGAGUAUUCCUCGGGUAGAGCUUAUCGCUUGCUGCAUAGGUGCUAGACUUUUGCAAGAAAAAUGGAAAUUGACUCAGCCUGAGUUGUGGAAACAUAUUUUUGGAACAAUGAAUAUAGCUGAUGUAUUGUCGCGAGAAUUCAGCCCUAAACAAUUCUUUGACUUCAAGCGGUGGGAAUUACCGACCUGGCUGAAGUUGGCGCCAGAAAAGUGGCUAUUAAGUGAAGUAGAUUGGGGACCAGAAGUAGACGCGAAGAGAAAAAUAUUAGCAAUUACCACUAUUGAUCUGAAUCUGGACGCACCGCUUUUGCCUCCAAAGUUGGUUCGUAUUGUUAAUGAAUUACUAAAACGAACUCCUGGUAAAUCAGUGUUGAAUUAUGAAGAGUUGAACGCAUUGAUAUGUGAUUGUGAAUUAGUAAUUAAUUCAAGGCCUCUAACAUAUGUGUCAGAAAACCCUCAGGAGUUGAUUCCUCUCACACUUGCAAUGUUCCUUAUUGAAAACUGUAGUUCGGAUGUUACAGAUAUUGGUCAUGUGGAUUUGCAAAGUCUAAAAAAGAGAAAAAGAUAUAGAUGUAAGCUGUUCAAUGAUUUAAGACAGCGUUUCAGAAAAGAAUAUUUAGGCCAAUUUAUUCAAAAACACAAUGAGAGGCCAACCCGAGAGCCAAGAUUUGCAGAAAUUGUUUCAAUUGGCGACGAUAAUAAGAAACGCGUGUUUUCGCCUUUGGCGAAAAUUAUUGAAUUGAUUCCUGGAAGAGAUAAAAGGGUUCGUGCUGUUAGGCUCAAAACUCAAAAUGGGAUUUUUGUUCGUCCAGUGGAACGUGUUUACUCAUUGGAGAUACGUGCUGCUGAUGAUGAGGCGGUUGCAAUUGCCGACAAAGGCAUGAGUGAGAUGGAGUCAAAUCCUGAGGAAUUUGUUCAGAAGACUUCGGUUGUUAAAAAGUGUUAUCCUGAUAUUGUUCUAGAAAAAUAUACCAGAUCUGGAAAGUGUGUGAAAGUACCAAAAACACUGGAUCGUUUAAAUAAUGAGUGUCACAUGUUUGAGACCCUUCCCAGAGUCUCAAAGGGGGGAGGUAUGUUAGAAACUGAAGUGAAGAGAGGUCCAAUUGAAUGA